UAUAUUCAAUUUAUGUUGAUCAUUCAAAAGUGAAAACCAAAAUACAAGUAUACAGGAGUAAUAGAGAAUUUUACGCGCUGUCCGAAUACGGUAUUAUUAUUUUAAAAAUAUGCUAUUAUAGUAACGAUAUACUCAAAACAAGGUGGCUAACUUUUGCUUUUCGGAGGUAUAUGUUCACAGACUAAAAAGAAAAAGACCAAAAAAUUUUCCUUUUCUUUUCAUUGUCUUAUUGUUUUAUUUCAACUGAUGAUUUGAAAUAAGUUAACAAUAUCUUGACAAAUCAUUAGAAUUUUUAUUUUUUUUAUUUACACAAAAUGAAGACUUACAUAUAACGCUGCAGGCAUGCAUACACACAAAAAUAAAAAAGAAGAAAUAUCUUCUCUUUUUCAAAGUUACAAAUAAUGAUUGUUGUGAUUAAAUACAGAUCAUUAGUAAUUAAUCCUUUCAUUUAUAUAUUCUUUUUCUUAACUUCUAUACAAUUCUUUUUUUCCUUGAUUUUACAUUUGUUUUUUAGAAAUGAUCCAAAUCAUAAUCAUUUAGACGAAUUCACACAAUUAAUAAAUCACAUACUAUUCAUCAUUUAUCAUUUGAUUCAGAUACUUAUAGUUCAUCAUCAUCAUCAUCAUAUAAUAAUAACAAUAAUACAGAAAAUGAUAAUGUCGAUUGGGAACUUGUUACAAAACAACUUGAAAUUAAAUUACGAACUUCAAUAGAUAUUAUUCAAUUAUCAUCGGAUGAAAAUUAUCAUACAAAUUUACCAUCAACAAAAUCAAAGAAUUAUAGAUUUCAUCCAAUAACUAAUUAUGAACCUACAGGUAUGAUUUGA